AUAACUCGUCACUCAAAUUCCUUGCUCGUACCGAAAUUGCUAGGAGACUCGCCACAUAGCUGCUGAGCUCCGUUUGGCUGUCCAAUUUGCUCUGACUUGCACUCCGUUACAUCAUCUUAUGCGUCUGGCCCCGUUUCGAGGGAAAGCGAGAACUCAUGCAAGCAGAAGCCAGCUCGUCCGUGUUGGGCGACAAACGCCUGCCGGCACGGUUCGCACAGCUCAUUUGGUCAUGCAUCGAUGCCAACUUGCAUCGCUCAGCCGUAUUCUACGCGGAACGAUACUACGCGAUAUUUCAGGACCAUGAUGCCCGACAUCUCUAUGCCACUGCGCUCCUGCAGUCGGACCAACCACACAUGGCACACCACUUCGUGAACCGUCCUGCAACGGACAGGUGCUCUGGAUGCGCGGAGAUUAGGGCAAAGUGUUGCACGGCUCUGGGGAGGCACAGACAGGCGCGGGACGCGUUAGAAGAGUGUCUGAAAGAUCCGCUGUAUACAUCGACGCCAUCUAUGGAGACACGGGCUGCUACUGCAUUCCCAGAGCCUGCAGUUCUACAUUGCCGUGCGGGUGCAAUGGCGUUGAAAGGGAACCUUCCAGAGGACGCUCGCCACAGCUUUCAGCAAGCCCUUGCACUCAAUCCCAUGAUUUGGGAAGCCUUCGAGGGCCUAUGCGCACUAGGCACGUUCCGCAACGUACCAGACGUGGACGCUGUCUUCCCCCCACGACCACUCCCGUGUAAACCUGCUCCAGGAGAAGAAACAAUUUUCCGGCCCAUAGCCUCUGGUGCAGGAUUCUUCACCCCUGCUGCUGGGAGUAACGGCAAUCUCUUUCGCUUCUACCGAAAUGACACGACACAGUCCAGGCCGUCGGGGCCGCGCGACUCAUUAUCGACGGUGGAUUCUUUCUUCGCGGAGGACUCGUUCCAGUUUAAGGCGCCUGGACUCCCGGCAAGCAGAUCGCAAGCAGGGCCGUCAGACGCGGUCCUACCACCUGCUGUGCGUCCCCUUUCCUCAGCCGAUGAAAUGGGCCCAGUGGCCAAGAAGCUACGUUCUACUGCUCGCCAGCGCGUCCUGCCCUCUAGCGCCGCAGACUCGAACCAUCUUAAGCCGUACAAGUCCGCUGGCGCAGCUCUGGAGGGGGCGGACGAUCGCUCGAAAAGCUCUAAGGCACGCGCACGCCCGGCCCUGACCAUUGCUAACAUCUUCUCAUCUCCCGGUCGUCGUGUCCAGGAUUCGGUGAUGACGUCCUCGAGGCCUAACGCGGCCACCACGUCGAAGGGCACCGCGGAACAACGGAUCCCACCACCCACGUUUGGCCCCGCGCGGCGUAGCUCGAGAUUGCAGCUAGUAACCAAUAAUAAGGCGCCAAAGGCCCCAACCAAGAACGCCAAGGACAGACGGCGUGCCCCUGCACAAGCGCGCUCGAACUCUGAAUCUGAGAUGGACGAGGAGCUCAUGGCACUUCCACGAGCGACUUCUCCAGGAUCCGAAGGCCAGAGUAGCUCUGGAGUUGCAGCACAGCAAUCACAAGCAGCGCAAGAAACUUACGAGAUGGAGCUGGCAGAUUAUGCCAUUUACAAUCUGAUGCGGAUGUGCGCGACCGCUACGCGGGCACUUGCAAUGUAUGAAUGCCGGGCGUGUCUCGAAGCACUGGAAAGACUGCCUGUGCAGCAUCAACGAUCCGCCUGGGUUAUGGCGAUGGUAGGGAAAGCGCAUUACGAGAUAGGCGAAUACUCUGCUGCUGAGCGUGCCUUCGAGGCCGUCAGAGCACUGGAGCCGUAUCGGCUUUGGGAUAUGGAGGUUUACUCAACUCUGCUCUGGCAUCUGCAACGCCACAUCAGGCUAUCCUUCCUUGCGCAUGAGCUGCUCGCCAUCAACCCUCGGUCGCCGGAGGCGUGGAUCGCUGUUGGCAACUGCUUCUCCCUGCAGAAGGAGCGAUCCCAGGCGUUGACAUGCUUUCACCGUGCGGCCCAGCUGGACUCAACAUGUGCCUACGCCCACACGCUCAGUGGACAUGAGUCUAUUGACGACGACCUGGAAAAAGCGAUUACAUUCUUUGAACGUGCGUUGCACGCUGAUGCUCGGCACUAUAAUGCCUGGUACGGGCUUGGGACAUGUUACAUGAGGAUGAGUCGACUACGGCAGGCUGAAUACCAUUAUGGUAAAGCGGCCGAGAUCCACCCACAUAACGCCGUUCUCCUCGGCUGCGUGGGCAUGGUGAAGGAGAGGCAGGGUGAACUCGACGCUGCCUUGGACUUGUUCAACGAAGCUGUGCAGCUGUCUCAGGACAACGCACUAGUGCGUUAUCACAGAGCAAAAGUGCUUAUCGCCAUGAAGAAAUAUAAGCUUGCUGCGCACGACCUUGAGGCGCUUAGGGACACGUCCCCAGACGAGUCCAACGUAAUCUUCCAGUUAGCCAAAGUGUAUCGCCUCAUGGGGGACAAGGUCAAAUCUGCGCAGACGCUUGCCAUAGCAAGAGACGUGUCCCCGAAGAGCAUCAACAAGAUUCGGAAGUUGCUAGAGACGGUCAAGGACGAGAGCGCGGACGACGUGAUGGAUGAAGGCUAAGUGAUCCGCUUUCUGGGGUGGAAGGGUCGUAAAAGUUGACGGACUGUGCACGACCCUUCUGUAUUGUGUAGAUAGGGCUGCAAAUUGGAUCCCGUUCCCUGCUAGUCUUUCUUUCUCAACUUUAGUCCU